AUGACCUCCUCCCGUCUGCGGCCCCCGCUCGCCGCCGCCGCCGUCCAACCCACCAAGGCCACCCAGCCAACUGGCCCGCCCUCCCCCCCUCUGCCGGCGCUCCCCCCGAAGGGGAGCCCCUGUGGCACCACCGUGCAACCCGCGGGCUGCCUGGCGUGGGCUAUCCCCCCGGGGCGAGGCCCUCGACCACCCUCACGCGGGCAGGCGGAGUGCACAAUGGGCCCCGAGACACCGCCAUGCCGCCGCAGAGCCCCUGCCGAAACUCUUCGUGCAUGCCAGCCUGCCGCGGUUCCUACUGCGCCCCUGCCCCCCGUGCGAGAGCGUCGAGCCCCCUGCCCGCCCAGUCUUGCCUCUCUACAUACCCUCCGACCUCACUUUGAGUGCGAGAUCUGCGAAAGUGGUGUGAAAGUGUACAAAAAACUUUCAAAAACCGCUCUUCACUAUGGGGUCGGUCCGAGCUUUUGGACGGCCCAGUUUUCAGCGGACUUGGUCGACAAAAAAGCAGAGUUUGCUACACCAAGCCCUGGGCCUACGGGGGGCUCCUCGGGGGGUGCCAUCCCGCCGCCUUCUUCCCGCCGCCCUCCACAGCCGGGCAGCAGCCAGCCAACUGGGGAAUCACCACCACGUAGCCUUCUCGCCGCCAGCGCGGCUCUCAGCGGCCAAGACCAGUCCGUCGUCGACUGGCGAGCUUAG